AUGGAAGCAGAAAACCAAACAGAAGUCAUAGAGUUCAUCCUCCUCGGGCUCUCCGAGGAUCUAGAGCUGCAGCCCGUCCUCUUCGGGCUGUUCCUGUCCAUGUACCUGGUCACGGUGCUCGGGAACCUGCUCAUCAUCCUGGCCGUCGGCUCCGACGCCCGCCUGCACACCCCCAUGUACUUCUUCCUCUCCAACCUGUCCUUUAUCGACGUCUGCUUCAGCACCAGCAUAAUCCCCAAGAUGCUGCUGGACAUCCAGACAGGGAGCAAAGCCAUCUCCUAUAGGGACUGCCUCGCUCAGGUGUAUUUUACCAUGUUUUUUCCCAUCCUGGACACCCUCCUCCUGACCGUGAUGGCCUAUGACCGGUUCGUGGCCAUCUGCCACCCCCUGCACUACACGGUCAUCAUGAACCCCCGCCUCUGUGCCCUGCUGGUUUUCCUCACCUGGUUCAUUGGCGUCACGACGUCCCUUCUCCAUAUUUCUCUGACGACGCGCCUGACCUUCUGCAAAGACCUUGACAUUCCACAUUUUUUCUGCGAACUGACGCAGAUCCUCAAGUUGGCCUGCUCGGACACCUUCCUGCACAGCGUGCUGAUAUAUUUCAUGACAGGUGCGCUGGGUGUGUUCCCCCUUCUUGGGAUCCUUGCGUCUUACUCAAGAAUUGCUUCGUCCAUAAGGAAGAUGUCCUCAUCCGGGGGGAAGCAAAAAGCCUUUUCCACCUGCGGGUCCCACCUGUCCGUCGUUUCUUUGUUUUAUGGGACGGGCGUCGGGGUCUAUUUCACUUCUGCGGUGACUCACUCCUCCCAGAAGAUCUCGGUGGCCUCGGUGAUGUACACGGUGGUCACCCCCAUGCUGAACCCCUUCAUCUACAGCCUGAGGAACAAGGACAUGAAGGGGGCCCUGGGAAGACUAGUCGGCAAAGCAGCCUCCUGUCUGUGAUAUGUCCAUGGACCCCACCACUGAGAAGAGUUUGGGGACACCAAAAUGGGGCACACACACAAACACCCCUUUUAUCUUACUCUUAACUCUCUCAGUCCCUCUUGUUCUUUCACCCAAUCCUGGAGGAUCUAUGACUUUGCUCUUUCCUAGUUUUUACACACUUUUUCAUAACAAAUCUUCCUGUAAUUUGUUUGAUGACAUAUGUGCCCUAUCUAUUGUCCAAAAAAAUUGUCUUCCGUCAUCUUUCUUGCUUCCACACGGGUGCGUCUUGAACUUGGGUUCAAUUGGAAGCAUUUACCGAUAGUUUUGUUAUCUCAAGUGAUGGCACAGACUUCUUA